UUCCACAUUCAUUCUGACAUUUCCAUCGCUCACUACGUAAAUAAAAGUGAAAUCAAAACAACUCUUUUUUCAGUCGUGAUUGUGAUGAAAUCGAUAAAAUUGUAGCAAAAUUCCUCCCAUCACAAAAUGAAACAAAGGAUUAUCGCUCAGGCACGAUAAAACUUAAAGGUUUCACCGGAAGAAGGCAAAGAUUUUAGUUGGUAAGCUAGUGGAAACGACUCAACGAUUGGAACGUAAACCUCAAGUAGAAAACAUGAAAAAGUUAACCGGAACGUUCCGGAGCACCCAAUGGGACCCGUUCCUGCUGAUAGCGCAAAUCGUGGCCAUGCAGGCCCUACUCUAUGUCAGUCUCGGCUCGAUCAUGUUUGUGAUGGAUUUGUUUGCCGAGGCCAAUCAUACGCUGGACCAUCUCUUCGAGUAUCACGAAAUUCACGUCACCGACAUUGGCGGACGGUUAGUAAUAUUCGCUUUCGUACUCAACUCCCUGUGCGGUUCGGGGCUGCUGUGGUUCAUCGUGAGGCGCACCAAGCUCUGUCUGGAUUUCAGCGUAACGUUCCACUUCAUCCAUUUGGUGGUUUGCUGGUGGUAUAACAGUGCGUUUCCUUCGACCAUCAGCUGGUGGAUGCUGAACGCGGUUUGCACUGCGCUAAUGUGCGUUUGCGGUGAGUUUCUGUGUUUGAAAACGGAACUGAGAGAGAUUCCCGUCGGAUACUCGGCCCUGAACAACAAAGUUGAUCUGUAGGACCUCGGAUGUAUGGUUCGGCGCAUCCUUCGACAUUUCAAGUGUGUAUGUGAUGUAUGUUUUCCUGAAACGUGAAUUGAGUAUGUGAGUAAUUGUUUGGAAGCUUUGUUGUGUGUAAAUAAACCUUUAAAAGAGUCACAUUUUGACUCAAACAAUAUGUAGGUACCAUAGGCAAUCCCAUCUCACCUGUUUCAGUGACUAUUCCAAGAAAAGAUUUUAAUUUAUGUUUGCAGCUUUACGAAUACUAUGUUUUAUAGUGAUCCAAAUGGAA